CUUCAGUAUUCCCCGUUUGGAGUGUGCGUGCCUCCUACUUUUCCUGUAAGAGAUGUUGUAGACUCGGCCGAGGGCCGGUCGCUGCUCCGCCGCCGCCAUAUUGGAAUUCUGAGCUGGGGAUGGGACAUGGGAAUGAGCGAGAUAGUCUGGAGCGGUGGACAGAGGCACGGGAAGCACACGCCAACCGCAGUUCAACUUCACUAAUAACGGAUUUAUAGGCGCGCGUUAACGAGGUCUGACACCGGGAAACGGACACAAAACGUCAGAUGUGCCUCUAGGACUCAAGUGUUGGAAAUAUUUCCAGGAUAUCCUACUACACAGAAUAUGACAGACACCUAACACACGGUAAAACCAUGGCAACAGCAUACCUGGACCCCAACCUGAACCAGGCCUUGGUGGGGGGAGCCAAGCCUGGCGUGGGGCAGGCGGGGGGCGUGUCCGAGCGGCUGCUGAAGGUGUUCCAUCACUUUGAGAGCAACAGCGAACACGACAGCUGGGCGAGCAACAUACGCCAUGGAGAGGCCACGGACAUACGGGGAAUCAUCCAGAAGAUUCUCGACAUCCACAAGGUCAGAUGUGUGUCCUGCUUUGGCGUGCGGCUAAGCCACGCCCCCUCGGGCGAGGUGCACUGGCUCCACCCAGAUAUGGGCGUGUCCCUAGUGAGGGAGAAGUACGAGCAGCACCACCCCCCUGAGGAGUGGAGAUAUGAGUUGAGGAUCAGAUAUCUUCCUAAAGGAUUCCUGCAUCAGUUCACUGAAGACAAGCCUACACUCAACUACUUCUAUCAGCAGGUUAAGAAUGACUACAUGCUGGGGAUAGCUGACCAGGUGGAGCAGGAUCUCGCUCUGAAACUGGGCUGUCUGGAGAUAAGGAGAUUCUUCAGAGAGAUGAGAGGGAACGCUCUGGAUAAGAAAUCUAACUAUGAACUACUGGAGAAGGAUGUAGGCCUAAGGCGUUUCUUCCCUAAGUCUCUGCUGGACUCAGUCAAGGCUAAGACCCUCCGGAAGCUCAUCCAGCAGACGUUCAAGCAGUUUGCCAACAUGAACGAUGAGCAGAGCAUCCUGCACUUCCUGUCCAUCCUGGCCCCCGUGCAGCACUUCCACCAGGAGUACUUCACCUGCGCCCUGGGGUCUAGCUGGGUGAUCCAGGUGGAGCUUGCCAUCGGACCAGAGGAAGGCAUCAGCUACCUGACGGACAAGGGCUCCACGCCGACCCACCUGGCUAACUUCUCCCAGGUUCAGUCCAUCCAGUACUCGUGCCUGGAGGACAGGGACAGGAAGGGCAUGCUGCAGCUGAACGUGGCCGGGGCCGCCGAGCCCUUGACAGUGACCACCUCCUCCUUCACCACAGCUGAGAACAUGGCUGACCUGAUCGACGGGUACUGUCGCCUCUUCAACUCAGCCUCCCAGACCUUCAUCAUACGCCCUCAGAAAGAGGGAGAGAGAGCCCUGCCAUCCAUCCCCAGACUAACCAAUCACGAGAAGAGGAUUGAGGUGGUGAGGACCAUCUCUGUCUCAGAGACAGAUGACUAUGCUGAGAUCAUAGACGAAGAGGACACCUAUACCAUGCCCUCCAUCAGCUAUGGAGUAGACGAAGCGAGGGACUACGAGGUCCAGAGGGACAGGGUGGAGCUGGGGCGCUGCAUCGGGGAGGGUCAGUUCGGAGACGUCCACCAGGGGGUCUACAGCAGCACGGAGGACCCAGCUCUGUCUGUGGCCAUCAAGACGUGUAAGAACAGCACCUCCGACAGCGUGAGGGAGAAGUUCCUCCAGGAAGCACUGACCAUGCGCCAGUUCGACCACCCCCACAUCGUGAAGCUGAUCGGCGUGAUCACGGAGAACCCUGUGUGGAUCAUCAUGGAGCUGUGCACCCUGGGGGAGCUGCGUUCCUUCCUGCAAGUGAGGAAGUACAGUCUGGAGCUGUCCACUCUCAUCCUGUUCUCCUACCAGCUCAGCACCGCCCUCGCUUACCUGGAGAGCAAACGCUUCGUACACAGGGACAUUGCUGCCAGGAAUGUUCUGGUAGCUUCCGUAGACUGUGUGAUGCUCGGAGACUUUGGUCUAUCUCGCUACAUGGAGGACUGCUCCUACUACAAAGCCUCCAAGGGCAAGCUGCCAAUCAAAUGGAUGGCCCCGGAGUCAAUCAACUUCAGACGCUUCACCUCAGCCAGCGACGUCUGGAUGUUUGGUGUGUGUGUGUGGGAGAUCCUCAUGUACGGCAUCAAGCCCUUCCAGGGGGUGAAGAACAACGACGUGAUUGGUCGGAUUGAGAACGGCGAGCGAUUGGCCAUGCCCCCGCAGUGCCCGCCCACCCUCUACAGCCUCAUGACCAAGUGCUGGUCCUACGACCCCAGCAAGAGACCCCGCUUCACCCAGCUCAAAACCCAGCUCAGCACCAUCCUAGAGGAGGAGAAGGCCCAGCAGCAGGAGAGAGUGAGGACAGAGAUCAGGAGGCAGAUCACAGUCAGCUGGGACUCUGGAGGCUCUGAGGAGGCCCCUCCCAAGCCCAGCAGACCAGGCUAUCCCAGUCCGCGCUCCAGUGAAGGUUUCUACCCCGCCCCCCAGCACGCCGGACAGCACAACCACCACCAGGGGUACCCCAGCCCCCAUGCGCUGCCCCCCCAGCCCGGGGGAGGGGGGGGAGGCUACCAGGCUUCUCUCCUGGACCCCCUCGAUGUCUGGUCCCCCCACCGGCCCCAGGACGCCCCCGUGUGGUCUUCCAACAUGGAGGAGGGAGGAGUGUGCCACCCCCAGCUCAUGGAGGAGAGGUUGAUCCAGCAGCAGCAUCAGAUGGACGAGGACCAGAGGUGGCUGGAACAGGAGGAGAACCUCCAGAAGCUCGAGUCCAGGAACUCCGGAGGCAGCAUGGAAGACGCCACGACCACGAUGGGUAGCCAACACAUCUACCAGCCGAUUGGAAAACCAGAGCAUGUGGCCCCCCCUAAGAAGCCCCCUAGACCGGGGGCCCCCAGCACUCUGGCCAGCCUCAACCCUGCAGACAGCUACAACCAGGGAGUCAAGAUUCAGCCGCAGGAGAUAAGCCCGCCCCCCACGGCCAACCUGGAUCGCUCCAACGACAAGGUGUAUGAGAAUGUGACGGGAUUGGUCAAGGCCGUGAUUGAGAUGUCCAGUAAGAUCCAGCCGGCACCCCCUGAGGAAUAUAUCCCCAUGGUGAAGGAGGUGGGUUUGGCUCUGAGGACUCUGCUGGCCACCGUAGAUGAGACCAUCCCUGUGCUUCCUGCCAGCACUCAGAGAGAGAUCGAGAUGGCCCAGAAGCUGCUGAACUCGGACCUGGCAGAGCUGAUCAGCAAGAUGAAGCUGGCCCAGCAGUACGUGCUCACCUCGCUGCAGCAGGACUACAAGAAGCAGAUGCUGACGGCCGCCCACGCGCUCGCCGUCGACGCCAAGAACCUGCUGGACGUCAUCGACCAGGCCCGGCUGAAGAUCCCCACCCAGACUCACCCUCACUAGCCCCGCCCCCCUCACCUAGGGGCGGGGCCACCACGGACGUCCAGGAACCAGCUGAGAUUGACAGACUGCUCAUCGACCUGGACACUUGUGGGACAGUCAUCCCCCCCCCUGCUGUUGAGGGUGUGGCACUAGUGCCCCCUGGCCCCGCCCACACCUCACAGCCCCCAUUCUACUCGUUGUUAGGCUGCGUCUCCUUAGUGACAAACGUUUAUUUUUGUAAUCCUGAGACCCCCCCCCCCCCAUCCGUAUCUUCCAGAGGGACUGACAACUCAAGGAGAGCUAGGUGGAACCUGAAGGACUGUUCUCCAGAGAACCUAGGAAGGGUUCCACAGGCUCUCCUAGUCCCGUUCUGUCGUAGUAUACUGCCUAACCUGGACUAGGAUUAGAGACCUGUUUGAUUUUCUGUAUUUUGCGCUUUUCUUUUUAGCAUUCAACGUAUACUCAGGCACCUCCUCCACACAAGUGAAUUACAAUGAAACAAAAAACGGACUUUAUCAAAACACAAUGUCACAUGCCACUUUUUAAGUUAACUAAUAGUAAAUAUAUGAAGAUAAA